CGCGCCUGGGACGUGGAGACGCUCGUAGCCGCGCCCACAGAGCCCCUGACGCGCACAGCGGAGUACAAGAUGCGGUAAAAACUCUCCAAGGGACACUGGAAUAAAACUGCGAGGCAAGACUGGAGACUACAAACUCAGUACUGUACUCAUCAUAAGGAGUCCAGCAGGGGGAUGGAGCCGCAGCAAGGUCUGGGACUUCCAUGAAGAGGAUUUGACUUGAUCUAGGAAGAAAUACAUCGCUGGGACACAGCUGAACAACAUGCUGACUCCUUGGUGAGGGUCAGAAAAUGAAUGCCUCCUCCUGCUGUGAUUCUCCAGUCAUCAUGUAUCAGGAGAGCUCAGAGUCUGACCUCAAUGCCAGCUGUGCCUGGCUGGCUCCUCAUUGCAACUGGACAUCAGUGGACAGAGCGCCACAGCUGCCUACCUUUUCCACAGCGGCCAAAAUCAGAGUGAUCAUUACCUUCACUCUGUGUGGCAUUUCAACUUUCUGCAAUUUAGCUGUGCUGUGGGCAAUCAACAGCCACAAGCGCAAAUCCCACCUUAGAGUGCUGAUAAUCAACCUGACUGCUGCUGACCUCUUGGUUACCUUCAUCGUGAUGCCUGUGGACGCGGUGUGGAACAUCACAGUACAGUGGCUGGCCGGCGAUUUGGCCUGCAGAUUCUUGAUGUUCCUCAAGCUACAGGCCAUGUACUCCUGUGCCUUUGUCACAGUGGUGAUUAGUCUGGACAGACAGUCAGCUAUCCUCAACCCUCUGGCUAUCAGCAUGGCACGGAGAAGGAACAGGGUCAUGCUGAUCGUAGCGUGGACUAUGAGCACCUUGUUCUCAAUCCCUCAGAUGUUUAUUUUCCAUAAUGUGACCAUCACCUAUCCAGCUAAUUUUACUCAGUGCACCACUAGGGGAAGUUUUGUCACCCACUGGCAAGAAACUGCCUACAACAUGUUCACCUUCUCCUGCCUCUUCCUGCUGCCACUGGUCAUAAUGAUCAUCUGCUACACCAGGAUCUUCAUCCAGAUCUCCAAACGGAUGACAAAAAAGAACUUGUCCUCCAGUGAGUCAGAUCUCCGUUGCUCAAAGAACAACAUCCCCAAAGCUCGAAUGAAAACUCUGAAAAUGAGCAUCGUCAUAGUGAUGUGCUUUAUAGUCUGCUGGACUCCAUACUACCUGUUGGGUUUGUGGUACUGGUUCUUCCCAGACGACAUAGAGGGAAAAGUCUCUCACUCCCUCACCCACAUCCUGUUCAUCUUUGGGCUUUUCAACGCCUGCCUUGAUCCAAUCAUCUAUGGCCUGUUCACCAUACGCUUCCGCAAGGGGCUGAGGAGCUGCUACCGCAAAGCCGCAGCGAAGUCAGACCUGGGAACUAACAUAACAGAGCCUUUAAAAAGCACUACCGCUUCUUUGCCCUCUAAAAGAGGGACAAGCAGUGGUGAAAAGGACAGAAACUGUGGACAGGUUAAGCCUAAACCCUCUGAUGGCAGACGUCUGACUGUGUUCAUUCGAGGAGAAGGAGGACAAAAAAGUAAUUCCAGCGCUGACAGCACAGCAUGAUGAGGAAAACAGAGCAGAACACGAAACUUCAUAGUUGAACUGAUUGAGCUGGUUUUGCUGUAUAUUGGACAUGUUUAUUUCACAAUCACAUCUAACUUGCAUGUGUAAAAUAAGUAUGAGAACAGAAAAUAUCCAUCGCCUAUCUGUGUUUUUGUGUGUGUUGUGCUUGAGGCUGUCCAUCUUACUUAAGGGUUAUAUAACAUCUUCUGAACACAGUAAAUAUGUUUGGCGCUGUUUAAUGGUUUGUGUCUUGUGUAACUGCUUCACAUUUUAAGAUGAGUCCACUAUACAGAAUAUGCAUUAACCAGGGCCUGGAAACAGCUUCAGGACUAAAUGAAAAAUAGAAAGACGGUGAUUGUCAGGUUACACAACUGUGCUGUUUGUGGUUUAUAGGUUACGCACUGCCUCCAGGUCUAUAAGGAAGCAUCAAAUGACUGCUGAGGUUACUUCCUUUUCAUUCAUUUGCUACUAUUAUCCGGUCUGUUCCCACAGGAAAACAAAGACGUUCAUCACGUCAUGCAGCAUGUAUCAUGCUGUUUCAGAAACAUGCAAGCGUGUAAGCUAUUAAGCCUUAACAGUGUUUGUGUAAUGACUAUAACUGUGAUAAAGAGAUGGAAACAGGUCAAUGGAUAUAAUAUAGUUUAGUUGCCUAUAACCUCAGUCAAAUAACUAUCAAGAUCAUACUACAGAUGCCACAUAUACAACAAAUCCCCAGAUUAAAUCUAAUCCAUCCCCAUGUUUCAGUCCAGCUUUUUAUUAUGCAAGGACAAUACAGAUUCCUAUAUACUGUAAGUUACUCUACUGUGACGAAUGUGACUACAACAUGCCUUUUUCACAUGUUACUAAUAACAUUAACACAGGCUCAGUUCUGCACAAGUCAUCAUCACAGUGGGGCAGAGAGCCAGCAAUCAUAAUAAUAAGAGGCUGAAACAGGUAAUUAUGUAAAAGGCUUUCAGAAGAUUUGUACAUUUUACUGCACUCUUGUAAAACAAGUUAAGCUAAUUCAUCAUAGGCAGCGAUCUUGUAACUAGCUUAUAAAGGUCCAGUGUCCAAGAUUUAUUGGUCUCUGUUCACAGACUA